AUGGAGUCGAUGAUUGACUGGAUCAGUCCUCUCGCAAGUUCAGCGCUAUCCCAGUUCUUGCGCCUCGAAGGACCAGCGACAAAAUAUGAGGUGGAGUGGGUAGAUGAUCAGAGCAACCUACGGUUCAGAGGUCCAACCUCGCAGCCAGUCCAGGUCGUAAAAUGGGAUAAACAAGCGCCUCCGACCACAGCGAUUCUGUCCGAUUCCGUCACUUCAAUUCGUGCGAUCUUUUCGAGUGAGUUCUUAGAGGACUUGCCGAAAAAUGAAUUGGAUAAGUUCAACAACAUCCGGAAAAAUGACAUUGGUUGUCGUUUGGAGCUCUUGGAGUUCGAGCUUGUGCUUGAGUACAUCAAGUCGCAACCAGCUAUCCACCUCUUUAUCGAGGCAUUCAGCUUUGUGGACCAACCUGGGUUCGUGAACAGUGUGGCAACGCCUGUUUCGCUUGACGAGAUUCCCGAAAUUAGAAAUCUAAUUGAUAAAGCUAUCAUUCAAGCCCAUAUUCCCCUUUACAUCCGCAAUCGCAGGACUAACGGCGGCCUCGAUCCUGAAGACAAGUCUGAACCUGGGGAUGAGUCUGAGUAUGAACCAGAGGAGGAUCCUGAUUCCGGGGACAAGUAUCAAUACGAGGAGCCUGAAUCUGAGGAUGAGUAUGAACCUGAGGACGAACCUGAACCUGAGGACGAGCCUGAAUCUAAAGGCCAGAAUGAAGCUGGCGAUGGGUACGAUUCCGACGAGUCUCUCAUGUCUCAGCCUGUCCAUCUUGUUGCUACCGAUGAUCCUCAAGCUGAACUGGCCAAUACCUUGCAAUCUCAGGAAGCGUUCGCUACGCAAGUCCCGCCGGCCAAGUCAUCAUUUCAUCUCCACGACCAGAUCCCCGCUCCACAAAAUACUGUGGCCCCUCCAGCGCAGCGAAAUGAGUUAUUGGGACUCCUUCAGAAACACAAAAAUGAGGAGAGGCGGCAGGAGACUGAGUCUCCUUUAGAUGCUCCGGUCAAUGGAGAAUCCAGUGUCGAAUCACCCAAGAACGUCUCCCCGGCGAAAUCGGCCCCGGCUUCCCAGCUCGCUAAUGAUGAUACCAAUUACGAAGCGACCACCAAUAAUUCGCUGGAGACACAAGAGCCAUCUGAUCAUCAAGCAUCACAAGGCAGUCGGGAUUCUUCCCACACUAGAACCUCUCCCUCACCACCCAGGGCAGAUUCCGCUCCCCAGGACAAAGGGAAUAGCAGGAAGCGCAGUGUUUCCGAGACUCUACUUCCAGCCGAUUCUGACCAUGAAUCAAGAGAGCCUUCUGCAUUAGCUGAGCUCUCCCAUCGCUCCGGAGAACAACUGAAGGAGGGUGACUCACAAACUGCGGCGCAAUCUCCGAAGAGACGUAAGCAAAACCAUACUCCCAUGGUCAAAAACUUAGACCCCUCGGAUCCUUGGGAAGGCAUGACGAAGAUUCGUCGAAGGGAUGUCAUGAUUCCCCAGGAUCAGAUGGAACUACUGGCAAAACGCGAUUGCUGGGUCCCAGCCGAACCGGGGCAGAUAACACCCCGUUGCCAUGUCCCGCCAAAGUUGCUGCAAAAAUGGAAUGAGAUGAUCUCGCGAAAAAGGUCGAGGUCCUUACCGGACAAUGUCUCGGAGGACUCACACUCGGGAAAUGCUGAAACUGCUCUUCCCUCUGUUUCCAGCCCUGCGUUGCAGCCAGAAUCAGAGUCCGAUGAGGAAUCGGAUCCAAUUCCGUGGUCUCCGAGUCCUGAACCCCCAAAGCAACUUGUGCCACCUGACAGCAGUCCCUUGCGACCACGUGAGUCUACUAGACGAUCAGAUGCCAUAGCCGUGCCUCAAGUUGCUAUCGCCGUCGAGGUACCCCCUCCGGACUCCCUUGUCGGCGAAGCUCGAAAUCGACUUUCACAGGAUGAAGUGAAUGACAGCGAAGACCGUCGCGAUGCCGCUCCUUCGCCAAAAGUCUAUGAAGCAGAGCGGGAUAUACGAAGCGACCCGUCAGAAAUGGAGGUUUCUGUUCCUUGCGCACUCGACGCCGCCUUGCAGGCGGAUAUUCACAGCCAGGUCGAAGACCAAGAAAUCACCAGUUCAGGCCCAUCAGUUCCUGCUCCUACGGCUACAGAGAAGAUACAGGUGAUUGAGACUCUGGAUGAGUGUCUUCGUUCAAAGAGGACGAACAUUGAUCACUUGUCGCCUCGAGGAAGUAUACCGCCUCAAAGUUCAUCAGAGGCCACGAAGACGUCUUCUCAAUCGAGAAUCGCAAAUUCUUACGAUAGCAACGGUCGCGCACUAGGAGCUGACCAGGACCCGUUUGCAAGGACUCAGAGCACUGUGGGUGACAAGGGCACACAGAACAGUGGGAGCGACAGACGGGACCACAUUACCAUGUCGCAUCCAGACACACAAGCCUCAGCUGAAGAAUUCCCCACCAAUUCAGGCUUCUCUUUGGAUUUCAACAUCUCAUCUCAACCAGUAGCCUCUGGUAUGUCUGGCCUUUCAGGCAUCUCAAGUGGGCCGGAACACGACUUACCAGCACCAUCCCAGCUGUUCAAGGUGAGCCAGAUAGGCCCUCAAUCACAACCAGAUGUUCCAGCUUCAAGCGUAUGCGAUGGUUCCACUCAAGACAGCUCAAGAAUGGAAAUAGAUGUGGCUUCAGUCACUUCACCACGGAAACGGCCUGCCGAUGAAGCCGCUCUGGACGAGCAGUCAUCGCCCAAGCGACCCAGACCCGCUCCGACUAGCCACAAUGAUAUUACCUCUGACAAUUAUCCUGAAAAUUUGCGAAGUGAACCAUUGCAUCAACGCAAGAGCGGGUCUCCCUCAGAUACGAAUCGUGACAAGGCGCAGGAGGUCUACGACAAGUUUAAGCGGGAUUACCCCUCGUAUACAGGCGAUUUCAACCAUUUUGCAAAGAUAUGCUCAAAACUCCAAGCGCUGCGAAACCGAGGUCUCAUGCAGAGAUCAUUUUUGUGGGACGACUUUGUCAUCCAACACCUAACCGACUACGCGCGUUAUUGGCAGCAGUGUCUCUCCGCCGUGGAAGAACCACAGAAAUAUGAAAACUACUUUUGUGAUAAGUUUGACAGGCCGGUCUCUAAGAAACGAAGUCUCACCGCGCGUGGCAUCGAGAUUGUUGCAUCGCAGUGCCCAUCCCGUGCUAGCGUUGACUCUGCUGUGCCCUUUGUGGUUCGCGGAGAAGCGAAUACGUCGUCUACCGGCAGCCUGGUAGAAAAGCUUGCAGGGCUCCGAGCACGUUCCUCCCCAAGCGCUCCUCCAAAUGAGGUGCAGGAGUCGAUGCAGGAUGCUCCUGCGGAUGACGACACGACCGAUGGUGAUACCGAUGAUGACGAUGGUGCAGGUGAAAGACACGAGACGGCCAGCAUUGAAUUAGGAGAUGAAAAUGUGCCAGUUCAUAUUUCUGGUGAAGUCGACCGUGCCACCAGACCCAUUCGCGACGUCACAAAUGAAAGUGACCGAGAUAUUGAAGAGUCAUCAGAAAGCGAGGAUGAUCACUCCGAGGAUGCAACAGAAUCGGGUUCAGGGGAAGGCGACAAGAGAAAAGGCAGGACGCUGGCCGACCUGCUUCUGGCUCCGCCUCCUCCACCGGGACCUGUUUGGUCCGACUCACCUAAUACACCCUUUAAAAUCUGGGCGCGGGCAGACCAAAACCUCUUGAUUGAGCGACGUCGCCGUGGCGGUGCAGCCAUGCCCACGGACGAAAAGGGCGUGAUCCAGCCUCCGCUGUACCCGCGUGAGGGCUGGGAAGAUGGAAUGCGCACUCUUGGAUGGAAUUGGAAACAGUCGAGGGAUUAUUCUUGA